GCUGCGGAUCCUGGGGCCCUGGAGUGCUUCUUUGAGUGGGCCCGGCUGCUGGGCCGCCGGCUCCGGCGCAUGGGCCUCCGAGGCGGGGCCGCGUGCGCUCGGGCCAUGGCGCGCCUGGGUGCGGUGCGCUCGCACUACUGCGCGCUGCUGCUGGCCGCGGCGCUGGCGGUGUGCGCCUUCUACUACCUGGGCUCCGGCCGGGAGACCUUCUCCAGCGCCACCAAGAGGCUGAAGGAGGCCCGCGCCGGGGCCGCCGCGCCCACGCCGCCCGCGCCGGAGCUGGCCAGGGGCUCCGUGGCGCCGGCCUCCGGUGCCAAGGCCAAGAGCCUGGAGGGCGGCGUGGCGGUCCCGGUGGACUACCACCUGCUGAUGAUGUUCACCAAGGCGGAGCACAACGCGGCGCUGCAGGCCAAGGCUCGAGUGGCGCUGCGCUCCCUGCUGCGCCUCGCCAAGUUCGAGGCGCACGAGGUGCUUAACCUCCACUUCGUGAGCGAAGAGGCCAGCCGCGAGGUGGCCAAGGCCCUGCUGCGGGAGCUCCUGCCGCCCGCCGCGGGCUUCAAGUGCAAGGUCAUCUUCCAUGAUGUUGCUGUGCUGACAGACAAGCUCUUCCCUGUCGUGGAGGCCAUGCAGAAGUACUUCAGUGCUGGCUCAGGGACCUACUACAGCGACUCCAUCUUCUUCCUCUCAGUUGCUAUGCACCAGAUCAUGCCCAAAGAGAUCUUGAGGAUCAUUCAGCUGGACCUUGACCUGAAGUAUAAGACCAACAUCCGAGAGCUGUUUGAGGAGUUUGACAACUUCCUGCCAGGUGCUGUCAUCGGCAUAGCCAGAGAGAUGCAGCCUGUGUACAGGCACACUUUCUGGCAGUUCCGCCAUGAGAACCCCAAGACCAGAGUUGGGGACCCUCCGCCUGAAGGGCUCCCUGGCUUCAACAGUGGGGUGAUGCUGCUGAACUUGGAGGCCAUGCGCCAGUCUCCACUCUACGGCCAUCUGCUGGAGCCCACGUGGGUGCAGCAGCUUGCUGACAAGUACCACUUCCGGGGCCACCUGGGGGACCAGGACUUCUUCACCAUGAUUGGCAUGGAGCACCCUGAACUCUUCCAUGUGCUGGACUGCACCUGGAACCGGCAGCUGUGCACCUGGUGGAGGGACCAUGGCUACAGCGAUGUCUUCCAGGCAUACUUUCACUGUGAGGGCCACGUCAAGAUCUACCAUGGCAACUGCAACACGCCUAUCCCAGAGGACUAGGCACCAGCUCGCCCGCUGUGCCAGUGGGGCUCCCGGGCCUGGGGAAGGAAGAGAGACUGCUAGGUGACCCUUUGGGGGCCAGGUGCUGCAGACCUCCCAGCUGGCUAGCUCCUGUCCAGAAGCUCAGCUGAGCCCUGCUGCCGCUCAGGCUGUUGUCCUCCAGGGCAUCCUGAAGGACUGCCGCAGGUGUCUUCCAGUAGGUGUUUAAAGAUAUGGAAGGAAGGAGAACUGCACCCUUGUCCACAUGGAAUCAAAACCUUUGUGAAGAACUGGCUUUUGCUAGACCAAAUAAGCAUUUUGAGCAACAGGCACUAAUGUGUGAGCAAACAGGUGGGUGCUGCUGUAACACCCCGUGAGCACUGAAUUCAUGACAGGAGCCCAGAGCUCAAGCCUCUGAAGGAAUGCCACAAUCCCACAUCCUUUCCCAGGAGGCUUUGCACCUCCUCCGGAUGUUCAUGUUCAUGGUGCAGGCUUCAAGAACAGCACCUCUUUAGAUAAGCUGGGCACAUAACAAUCCCCUUAUUACAGCGUUCCCAUGCAGCCCCUAUCCCUUCCCAGAAGUGAGUGCCAUUUCUCCGUGUGCUUGAGAAGUCAGCAGCUCAUAUGAAGCCCCCAUAGGCCAUGUCUGUACAGUCCAGCUCAUGCCCCAAGCAAGAAAUGUGAGAUUCUUGUUGUAUAUUCUUUCAGUACCAUGAGUGACACUAGCCAAUAGUCUUUGAGAACACUUGAGUCAUGGUGUUUGUUCUCUGGCCACAAUGUUCAGGGCACACAGCUCAGAAUGAAGAGUAGAGUCAAUAUCAACCAAAGACCUAAAAGGACCAACCAGAAGGCCUGUCUGUGGGUGCUGUGGGUGGUACUGCCACGUUUGGUUCUCAUUCUUGCUAUUGGCAGGUUCACCUGCUGCCAGGAGCAAGCCCAGAUGUCUCCGACUCCUUAGCCAGACCUCCCAGUUCCACUCAUGCUAGUGAGGUGGGACACCCCUUCACUGGCCCUCUGCUGGCCCAGUUCAUCUGUUCUCCAAGCUACUUGAUUCCCUGUUCAUAGCGUCUGGUUGUUAGAUGCCUGCAGAGCAGCAGGCAGCGUCUUAAGGAUUUAUAUGUGCCCUAGAUAAUAUUCAUGAAAACCUCAGCAAGUUCAUUCCUGCUCUAGAACUGAUGUAUGAAAACAGAGGCCUGGACAGAUCCUCUGCCGAGUUGUUUACUGAAGCUUUUUACUGUGCAAACAUGUUGGAAACCUGCAGAUAAAUAAUGCAUACUGCAGUCGUAUGGUAGAAUAUAUUAAGAAUUAUUUGAAGGAAUAUUUAAUGUACCAGGAAAUACUUACGCUAGUGAGUAAAGAAUAUACAAUAUAAGAUUG